CCCAGCCAUAUGUGGGAAGACAGCCCAUGUCCAGUAUGGAGCCAGGGCAAGCUCCCUGGGGAAAAACAACAUGGACAACAAACCUGCAAACUCCCCGAAAGGCACCCUUGAUAGACCAGAGACACCAGCCAGACAAUAUCUACAAAUUGUCAAGUGUGAUCUCACAUCUGGGAGACAACAUGUAUACAGGCCACUACAUCAGUGAUGUUUUGGACAGCCGUGGCAGUGGGUGGCUCUGCCUGGAUGACACACAUGUCUUGAGGACAGAUGAGGCCACUGUGCUGAAGGCGAUUUCACAGACUGCCUACAUCCUGUUCUAUGUCUGCAGGUAAGGCUCUAGGCCACAAAUUUGAGAAGAAUGUCACAAAUGGAGUCAAUGACGACAAUCAGUCCCUUUCACCUGUAAUCCCUCUGUAUGUGUUAUUUUUCAGACAUUGUAUGUACAUGUAAGAUCUCCCUGUCAUUUCUCAUUGAAGUGGAGCAGGUGAAGGAGACCAGGCCCCUCACUACCAGGAGAAGGAUCAGGAGAACCCAUCAUUAAACUCAGGGAGAGGCACAGCGCUCAGGGACCACCUGGAGUAGCACCUACCACACACCAAGAAACAUCAGAUUAAUCGAAUUAGGCUGCCCUACACCACCCUCAACUGCCUUAGACCACCAUAAAGCUGCCCUAGACCACCAUCAGGCUGCCCAUCACCACCAUCAAGCUGCCCUAGACCACCAUCAGACUGCCCUACACCACCAUCAAGCUGCCCUAGACCACCAUCAAGCUGCC